AUGGCAGAAAACAUCAAAGGCUCCAUCGACCUCUCCCGCGAAGAGGCCAUGGCCAUCACCGCCCUCGCGACCGCGGGCAUCUACAACGCCGUCGAGAUCUACGUCCUCAUCUUCACCACCUUCCGCCAGCGCCGCGGCCGCUACUUCUGGGCCAUGCUGGUCGCCAACUCCGGCAUCUUCGUGCACGCCAUCGUCUCGCUGGUCCGCUACCUCCGCCGCAGCGGCACCGUCGUCCCCGGCGCCUUCGCCGUCGCCGCCUGGUGCGCCAUGGUCACCGGCCAGUCCGUCGUGCUGUGGUCGCGCCUGCACCUCGUCGUGUACAACCGCACCUGGACGCGCCUCGUGCUGGCGCUCAUCGUGACGGACGGGUGCGCGAUACACGUGCCGAUGGCGGUGCUGUGGGUGCUCUGCUGGGCGACGCCGCGGGACGCGCAGGCGGCGUGGAUCGAGCGGUACGGGGUGUACGAGAAGGUGUCCAUCGUGGUGUUCACGCUGCAGGAGACGUUGCUGACGGGGAUCUUUGCGCGGCAGGGGUGGUACAACCUGCGGCCGCUAUUCGCGUUCAAGACGCGCUCGGCGAGGUUGAUAUCGUGGUACCUGCUGAGCCUGUUCGUGCUGGUGUUCCUGCUGGAUGUUGGGCUGGUGGUGCUGGAGUACACGAACAACUUUGUGUUCCAGACGACGAGCAAGCCGUUGGUGUACAGCAUCAAGCUCAAGGUCGAGUUUACGGUGCUGAAUAAGUUAUUGGCGUUUACGAAGAUGAAUUCCUGCGAUUGUCACCACCUGAGCGACCAGCCUGGGAGUUUCACGAAGGGGCUUGUGACGUCGGAUACGAAUACCACGGCGAAGGGGAGGCAGAAUGGGAUUUCGCCCGUACCGGAAUCUGAACGACCUGACCAUAUAUUUGACGGCAAUUGA